AUGACAGCGCGGUGGUCAGCACUGCUGGCCGCGGCCAAUAGAAACGUCUACAACUCCCGCGGGGGGGAGGGGGGUGCACGGUCGGCCCUCGAGCCUUUGGCAUCGCGUGGGCGCACGGGACGAUCCCUGCUUCUCCUCGCCAAGGCGCAACCGAAGAAAAGGUUCUUUCUGUGCUUCCCGACCCAGAAGCUUGUUCUCUUUGACCCACGGUCUGGGGGUCUUCGGGGCAGCAGCAGCAGCAGCAGCAGUGGCAGCAGCAGCGUCAUGUCGCCACUCCCGACGUCUCCCCUCGACUUUGAAUGA